UGCGCGCUUCGCGCUGCAGCUAGUCAGAGAGCGUGAGUGGGAGGCGGCGGGCCUGCGUCUCUGGCCUUCCCGGCUGACUGCUCCGACGCCGCAUCCCCAGUCAUGAACCGGUUUGGCACCCGGUUGGUGGGAGCCACGGCGACCCCGCCGCCGCCGCCGAAAGCCCGAAGCAACGAGAACCUCGACAAAAUCGACAUGUCCCUGGAUGAUAUUAUCAAACUGAAUAGAAAGGAAGGUAAGAAGCAAAAUUUUCCAAGACUAAAUAGAAGACUCCAGCAAAGUGGUACCCGGCAGUUCAGGAUGAGAGUACGAUGGGGAAUCCAACAGAACUCUGGUUUUGGUAAAACUAGUGUGAGCCGUAGAGGAAGAGUGUUGCCUGGAAAGAGACGUCCUUAUGGAGUUAUUACUGGCCUUGCAGCCAGGAAAGCAACUGGAAUUCGAAAAGGAAUUAGUCCUAUGAAUCGUCCACCUCUCAGUGACAAGAAUAUAGAGCGAUAUUUUCCAGCAUUAAAACGGAAGACAAGCCUUCUGAGACCAAAUGAAGUUCAAAGGAAACCAGCUGCAGUUCUCAAGAGACCUAACCAGUUAAACAGGAAAAAUAACAUUCCAGCUAAUUUUACCAGGAGUGGAAAUAAAUUAAGUCAUCAGAAGGACACUCGUCAGGCGACUUUUCUUUUCAGAAGAGGCUUGAAGGUUCAGGCCCAGUUGAACACAGAACAGCUGCUGGAAGAUGUGGUAGCAAAGAGAACUCGUCAGUGGCGUACUUCCACCACAAAUGGAGGAAUUUUGACUGUAUCCAUUGACAAUCCUGGAGCUGUCCAGUGUCCGGUAACUCAGAAACCACGAUUAACUCGUACUGCUGUACCUUCAUUCUUGACAAAAAGAGAGCAGUCUGAUGUUAAGAAAGUUCCUAAAGGUGUCCCUCUACAGUUUGACAUAAAUAGUGUGGGAAAACAGACAGGGAUGACUUUGAAUGAACGAUUUGGGAUACUGAAAGAGCAAAGAGCCACUCUCACAUUCAACAAAGGAGGAAACCGCUUUGUAACUGUGGGAUAGAUCCACCUAAAAAGGAACUUUUCAGUGUUGACUGUUUGAAAAGUUGAAUUGCUUGAAGAGUUCAUCAAAGAAGUUCAAGAAACUUUACUUCAGAAUAUUCACAAGCCUAAAUAACUUUAUUUUUGAAGGUUUUUUUUAAUGUAUAAAUAAUGCCCUGGAAGAAUAGCAGGGAAUAUACCUAUCUGUUCUUAAAGAUUUCAUGGUUGGCCCAAGCAAAGCAAUUCUUUGUUGACUUCUUUGAUUCCUCAUGAAGCAGAAGGAAGACAGAAAAAUAGAAAUUGAUUAUUUUUAUGAACCUGGUAUUUAGGAUCUCACCACUUUUGUCCACUUUUUAGACUUUGCCGUGGUAAACUUCAGAAAUAAGAGUCCACCCCUGUGUUGCUGUUACUUAUUCAUCAGUGUGCUGCUGUAAUAAGUACAGUCGCCUUUUGUCAGUAGUGGUAUUUUUUUAAACUAGGAGAAUUUCAGUUCUGGUCUUUAAGAUCUGUGGAAAUC